AUAUAUUCCACUCUCGUGCAUCACCAUUUAGCCCAUUUCAACUCCAUCAAUACCAUCAGAGCACUGUGCUAAGAUUAUCCUUGGAGCUAUGGUGGUUUUGCCCCAACAAAUUCUUGAAAACCUAUCUCAGGUCAAAGCAUGCAACCCUACUACUUCGGCUGCCACCGUUAUUCCGAUGAUAGACCUGUUGGAUCCCACGGCCAGAGACCAGAUAGUAAAGGCCUGCUAUGAGUUCGGAUUCUUUAAGGUUGUCAACCAUGGUGUCCCCUUGGAAUCCAUGACAAAAUUAGAAGAAGAAGCUGUGAAGUUCUUCAACUUGCCUCAGCUUGAAAAGGAACAAGUUGGCCAUCCCAACCCCUUUGGCUAUGGCCACAAGAAAAUCGGCCCUAAUGGUGAUGUGGGUUGGGUUGAAUACCUUUUCCUCUCCACCCACAACUCCAUCACCAUUCCGGGCAACUCUCAACUUUUCAAGUGCCUUGUGAAGGAGUAUGUUGGGGCUGUGAGAAACACUGCGUGUGAGGUUUUGGAGAUGAUAGCUGAGGGGUUGAAGAUGGAGCCAAAGGAUGUGUUAAGCAGGCUAAUAAGGGAUGAGAACAGUGAUUGUUGGUUUAGGGUAAACCAUUAUCCGCCAUGCCCGGAGCUCCAAACUGCAGGAGGGAUAAUGAACGGUGGAGAUCUGAUUGGGUUUGGAGAGCAUACAGACCCACAAGUGAUCUCUGUUGUGAGAUCAAACAACACAACAGGACUGCAAAUCUCAGUUGGAGAUGGGACAUGGCUUUCUGUCCCACCUGAUCACCACUCCCUUUUCAUCAACGUUGGUGAUUCUUUGCAGGUGAUGAGUAAUGGGAGAUUUAAGAGUGUAAAGCACAGAGUGUUGGCAGACAGUAUGGAACCUAGGUUGUCUAUGAUCUACUUUGGAGGACCACCUCUGAGUGAAAAGAUAGCACCAUUAUCUUGUUUCAUGGAGGAAGGAGAAGAAAGCUUGUACAAUGAGUUCACAUGGGGUGAAUUCAUGAAGUCAGCUUACAAGAACAAGUUGGCUGUAAACAGGCUGCUGCCCUUUGAGAAGAAGAAAUCUGUGGCAUAAUUAAUGACUCAAAUGUUGCAUUUGAUGAAUUGGCACAAAUGUUAUGUUUUUGAUGUUAUGUAUCAAGAUGAUGGAAAACUUUCAAGAGCUUUCAAUAGCUUCAACAUAAUAUAAUAAAAUGUUUGGGAACAAUAAUAUAAUAAAAUGUUUAUGAUGAAAUUAAAACUUUGGACUUCGUGCAGUA